UGGACUAUUUGAUAGGCGGCCAAUAUUCGUUGCUUUUUGUAAGUGAUUUGUCAGUUGAUCUACCUUCCAGUCACCAUCCUGCAGCACUGAUGGACAUUAACACUCCAGUUUCUUGCUCCGGAGCAACCUGAUUGGCGACAAACCUGCAUUGUGUUGGCCCUAGUCUCUCGUCUAUUUGGCGCUUGGUAGUUGUCUCGUAGGACAAUCCCAAUUUGUCAAGUUGAAGGCCUAGACCGGCUCAACGCCACCAACCAAGCCACCGGUAUUCAGCUCGUUGGGAAUGCCCAUAUCUAGGCCUCUUGUUCUCGCCGUCUCUCGUUUCUUGAUCGUUUGUGUCAUUCUUCCUUAAAAUCUCGUGGUUCUCCAUCACUUGCCUGCUUGUUCAUUCCUUAGAGACUGCACUACAUUUGAAUCUGCCGGCCUAGCCCAGAACCAACCUCUCUUCUUCACCUCUCUUGACUAAGACUUCAAUCGAGACACUACUCGAAAUUAUGCGCACCUGGGUCCUCCUUGUGGCGCUCGCCACGUCCGCCUUUGCCUCAAGCUGCUACUACCCGGACGGCAACAAGGCGGACGACUACGACUACCAGCCAUGCGGCAGCUCGGUCACGACCUUUUCGACCUGCUGCUACUUUGGCGAGGGAGACGUCUGCUUGGAGAACGGGCUGUGCAAGGUCCCCAACAAGUACGACUACUACCGUGCUGCCUGCGCGAACAAAGACUGGUCCGGCUGUCCGGAGGUGUGCAUGGAUGAAGAUCCCGACAACUGGCUCGCGGUCGAGAAGUGCGGUGAAAACAAGUACUGCUGCCCGUCGAGCGGCUCCAGCUGCUGCACGAACGGUGCCAAGAUCUACACUCUGAAUGCCACGAACCCGCGCGCCAGCGGCUCAAGUGCCACGGCGAGCAGCGGCAGCGACAGUACCAGCACCGCCUCAAGCUCCAGCCAGACGACAACUUCAGAGGCAAGCUCCGGCCGCAGGAAACCCCCUGUAGGGAUUAUUGUUGGUACUUUGGUCGGCGGCACGGCACUUAUUAUAUUUUGUGCUGUUUGCUGGGGCUGCUAUUUCCGACGCCGGAGCGGGCCGCUACCACCAGGGGCGACGGCCAGAAUACCGGCUGGAAUGGUACUCCCCGAUAGAAAACCCAGAGACCGUGGCGGUGAUGACAGACGGAGCCCCGUGGGCCCCCAAGUGAUCCUGGCAGAAGUUGAAGGCGCAGGAAAGGUCUUGACCUCAGUCGAGUUGAAGCCCGUCGCCGGCACUGGCUUCGACGAGAAGAAGCCGUUCUACGUGCAGUCGACUCCAAGCCCGGUCCAGAACUCCCACCAGCAAGGCAUCGCAGAGGCCCCGGGAAGCAUGGGAACUACCUUCACCGAGGUCGAUUCUACGCCCGUCACUCAGGCUGCCCUUGACGAGAAGAAGCCGUUCUACACGCCGCCGGCUUCCAGUCCCGCGCAGCAUGUUCAACAGCCCCCGCCACAGGGUGUCACAGAGGUGGAAGGCGAGUCGAACCCCAUACCGCUCCCUCAUGUUGAAGAGGGGCUGUACCGUAGGGGGGUGACCCCGGAGCCGGAUCAAGGAUGGAUCCGUCGGCCUCGUGGGGGAUCUGUCGGUACGAGGGUUGAAGGCAGCGCAGGCGAGGCGUUCACCGGAGUAGCUUCCAAUCCCGGCACCCAUGAUGCCCACGCCGCGCACGUUGCGGAUUUCGGACAAUGGGCUUUAGCAGACCCCGGGCAACAGGUUCACCAGUUCCCGCCGCAGGGCGUCGCACAGGCUGGCGGUGGCUUCAGAAUCAUCACUCCCGCGGUCGAAACCAACCCUGGUGAUCAGUUCAACUUCCACGCGAGCAAUCCAUUCAACGGAGAUAUGACUUCCGCCGCGUUUGCCCAUCACAGUGCUGGAUGCACCGCCCAUCGGCCCCAGAUGUUGGUCGCCGUUCCACAGGAUCAACUUGAGCAACUUGAGCAAUUCUGGCAGUCCAACAGCUACUCCCCGCUGCCACGACACCAGAUGACACCAGAGGCAGCCACCCCUGCGAUGAACCUCUAUCCUGCAGAGGCACUCGCUGCCCAGGCCCAGAGACUCCAGCAAGCCGCAGCUGAGGCGCAAGGCAACCCGAGCAUGGUGUUCACUGAGACUGAUUCGAGACCCGUCAAUCCUGCCAACCCUACUUCUUAGUUGAAUGGGUUUCACGUGCAGACGAUCUCGAGCUUGGGGCGACAGAAGUCGCCGGUUUAUGAGGUGGCGUAGGAGAUGAGAUGUUGUUAGCUCACUGGUGGAGGGUGUGGUAUGUCGUUGAGAGAAGGAGAUGGGAUAAAAUUGUGUAUGGGAGCUUUGGUGGUCUGUAUUGAGCUGCUUGCGCAGGUCAUCAAAGUAUUUCUAUAGCUUGACUAGUAAGGACUUGAUUUCAGGAGCUGUUGCUUAUGUCUACGGGCUUUUAUUUUGACG